AUGCUACGACUGUUAUACCGGCAGCUGCUAAAUCAAAGGCCGUCUGAAGUGGAUACACUUUUAGCUUGGUGUAUUUCUAAUCCAGGUUAUAAGAAUGUAUAUAUAAAAACACUUCAGUCACAAAUAUUUCCAUUUGUUCAGGUGCCGACGCUGUUGAAGAAUGGUCUUCGUAAACAUAUGUUGAGAUUUUCAUUAAGGCGAUCGGUAUCUACGUUAGGGAGGCCAGUCGAAUCAGCAAAAAAUGUCAUGCUCUUAAACAAGAGAUAUUCAGAAGUUGAAAAACUCAUUUCUGAUCCAGAGAUUAGAAACAAAUACAUGGAAAUAAUUCGAAAUGGCUCUGUUUUAACUAAGAAUGAUGUCGAUAUGAUAUAUGCCAAUUUCUUGAAGACCAUCGAUAUUGUGAGUGGGUUUCCAACUUCGGAGUCAAUUGAUCUCUUACUGAAUAUGUGGAAAUUUGUUUUCCAAACAGAUACUUCUAAUGAAAAUGUGAAGGAAUUACAGCAUAAGCUUUUGAACAAAAGAGAACCGUUCAUAACUAUUUUGGUUAACACGAAAAACUAUUCAUUUUAUAAAGACCUAGUUGAACCGUUGUACUCCAUUAAUGAAUUUAAAAAUCACAAGCCCACUUGGUCGGAUAGAUUGGCAAAUACUUUUCAAUUUGAUAUUGAUGAUAGAGGACAUAUUAUUUUUAAUAAAGGUAGCAUUAUUCUGUUCCUAAAAAAUCCACAGAAUCCUAUUGAGAUUAAAAGACGGCUAUUAGCGACAUUCCUAAAAAAAGGAUUAUUAUAUUCAUCGAAUAAAGAUCAAACAUAUUAUAUGAUCAAGGAAUUCAUCAACCUAUUACAUGAAAUAGGUGAUGAUCAUAUGUUAUUUAAAGAUCAUGAUCAUUUCAUUUAUGAUAAAGCAUUCCGAUUAAUGGCCAUUCCACCAAAAGAUGUUCGAUUUUCUGAACAUCUCUAUAGCAUAAAAAACAUAAUAGACUCAUCUGCAUGUGAAUACCCCCAAUCAUACUAUAAUUUCAUGACCACAUCCAUGAGAACUAUACUUCGGUUCAGUCCAGAUAAUGUGUUGAAUUAUUGGCAAUUUAAACUCAACCUUGUCGAAGAACAAGGUCUUAAAGAACCUGACGUAUUUCAUCACAAUGAUUUGAAAUCUGCAAUGUCUGCUUUUUGCCUGUUGAAUAUGUAUCAAUCGGUUUUGGAUCUAUAUCAAAAAUUCCCGGGCUUGCGUAAUGAAGAGCAAAUAGAAGUACUAUUAAGAGUGAGUGAAGAAUUCAAAGAUUGGAAAUUAUUACAAAAGCAGUUUGAAGAUAUGUAUGGAAAAGGACAAUUGCCUUAUGUUGUUCACUAUUCCAUUGUUAUGAAUGCUUUAGCGGCAAUAGGAGCGAAGGACGAAGUCAUGCAACUUUUCAACCAAUUGCUGAAAAGAAACUUAAGUCCAACGCCAUCAAUAUAUGCUGCAUUAAUCAAUAGUGAAGUUUUCUAUGGAAAUAUUGAAGAUUCUAUUCGUUGGUUCAAUGAAUAUUUGAAUCGUAUUGAAGAUGGUGCAAUCGAUCCAAAUGCGGGGCUGUAUUUAUAUUCGUUAAUGUUCAAAUUAUAUUUGAAAUCUAGUAAUUUAGAUUCAGCAAUGAACUUUUUAGAGUUCGCAAGGUCAGAGCAAGAAAGGUUGAACAUAACCUUAGUGGACCCUAAGACUUUAAGUCAGUUUAUUAAUUUUGCUGGGACUAUGUACGGCAUUAAAGAAUUGGAAAUUCUCAGAAAGCUUGGACAAGAAUCGAACUUAACAUCUAAUCAAUACUAUGAAAAUUUAAUUAGAGCAUAUACAAGAUUAGACCAAUAUGAAAAAGCGGAUGAUAUGGUAUUCGAAGCUCACCUGGAAUCAGAUGUUCCAUUUACAAAUCCUGAUAUUUACAAGGUGCAGUUGAGAAACUAUAGAUUCUGGUAUAGAAACACUCCAUCCCAUGAAACUCGAGUAUUCAUUUCGGAAAGAAUUAAGUAUAUUCUCGAGCAUAUUGUCAACAAAAAUUUAAGCGUACGGAAUAAUCAUGGUUUAUAUACAGAAGUAAUUAAACUUCAUUUGGCACGAAAUGAUUUACCCAAUGCAGAAGCCCUCUUUAGAUCAAUGAAGAGUCAAAAAAUGUUAUCAGAGUAUCACUUCACACCAUUUUUGGAUUAUUAUGCCAAGCAACGUACAUUUUCAGGCUACUCUCAAGUAUUGGAAUUAUAUAGACAAAUGGCAAAGGAACGAGUCAAUAUAUCGACCAAAACGUAUGUUCACUUAAUCAAGGCAUUAAUUCAUUUAGAUUCGCUGAAUCAUAAAGGAUAUGAAAACUCACUCAAGUUGUUACAAUCUGUUUUUGAAUUGAAUGGAUUAACAAUCAGCCCAACUGAUCCAGCACCGAAAAAACCUCAAGCCGAUAUACUUGAUAAUUCAAUCGAUUUAUGUCAUAUUAUUACUUCAUAUGUUAUGGCGACAGUUGGAUAUCAAAAUAAUGUCUAUCUAUUGGUUCACUUUUUAAAUCAAAUGAAAGAACGAUUAAAUGGAAAGUUAACUAAUGACUUCAAGUUUUCGAUUUAUAAGGAAUUAGGACGUUUGUAUCUUAAGCAGGGUAAUUUUGCCUUAGCAAAGCGAUUAAUAGACAAUGGUCUCGAAGAAUCGCAUAGUAUCGUAUCAAAAUUCAUUCAUGAUUAUCCUUAUAAUGAUAUUCUAAAAGAUGAAAUUAGAGUACCGAAGAGAUUACAAUAUGAAUACAGAAGUUUACUAGCUUUGAAACUAAAAUGUAUGAAAACAAGCUUUGAAAAUCCCGAAUCUUAUUAUGAAUUACUUAGGGCUUCUGAUAAAGUAAACAUUCAACUAUCUGGUGAUCAAUACAUUACAAUAAUAAAUGAGCUUCUUAAAUUGCCCAAUCCAGAUGUUUUGCCUACUAUUUUGCAAAUAUGUGAAGAGUAUUUGGUUGCAGGUAAUUGGGCAGAAGCUAAGUUGUUUAGAAAACUACAAUUCUUGUACAAAUUGACAGUAUUGCAUAUUAGUAGGACUGUUGGUGUUGAAGUGGUACAAAAUAAUUACGAUAUGUUAAAUCGUUAUUACAAUAUCCUUGACGUAACAGAAUUGCAAUCUACAUUUCUGUAUAUUCAUGAUCCGUUGGACUUAUUGAAACAGGAAUUAGUUGCAUUCAAUGAGACGCAUUCGAAAGCACAUUCCAAGGGUUCUUACUGGACAUUAGACAGGCUAUUACUGAAUAUUCCUGAAUUCUUUUCUCCUGAAGUUAGAUUAUCAACACAAAAUAAAAUAUCGCCAUACUUUGCCAGCAGAAUAUGGCAUGUAAUAAAUCGAUUUUGUGACGGAGAUAAAUAUAAAGCAUUUCAGCUCAUGGAUGAAUUUCCGGAAACUAUCGAGUUCUUGAUAUAUAAUAGUUCGGCAAGGUUACGAUUACAUAUAUUCAGAAAAGAAAUCGAUCAAAUCCAGCUGCCCCCAACCAGUGAUCAAAGGGAGGAUUUUGAAUCCAGACGCUUGAGAACAAUAGAAGUUCUAAACCACUUGAAAUCUACGCACAGCUCAUAUUAA